AUGUUCACUAGAUCAUUAUUCAGCAAAGUUGGUAAAUUAUCAACUACAUACUCUAGAUCAUAUGCUUCACAAACUUUAGAAGCAUCAAACUUUAAGGAUUUCCUCAAGAACAAUAAGAAUGUUGUUGUAGACUUUUAUGCCGAAUGGAUAUACAGUCUAUCUACAUCGCUCACUAUUACAAGAACAGUUCUAACCACAAUAUAUGAUAUUUUAAUCAAUCAAUCUCAUCAAAUUAGUUGGUGCGGUCCAUGCAGACAAAUGGCUCCAAAGUUUGAAGAUGUUUCAAAUAACGUUGACAACAAACACAUUGCCUUUGGUAAACUUGAUAUCGAUUCUGCCAACGAUAUUGCUGCUGAAUAUGACAUUGCAUCCAUUCCAUUACUCAUUCUCUUUGAAAACGGACAAGUCAAGUCCAAGUUGGUUGGUAGUCAAAACGCUAUCAAUAUCCAAAAUAGUAUAAUGAGUAGUAGUUCACUCUCCUCGGGAGGAGGAGGAGGAAGAGGAAGCAGCGGCAAUAGAAACAAAAAUAAGGACAACCGAAGAGAUCGAGAUAGAUCAUCGUCAUCAUCUGAUGAUAAUAAUAAUGCAACUCCACCUCCAAAGUUAUUGACCAAGUCAAAGGUUGCAACAACAUCAUCGUCACCGAUAAGUAGUGGGACACCGACUACCACUCCAGGAGUUCAACUGUUAUCAAAGAAAUCUGUUACUCCUACAACUCCAACAUCUUCUUCAUCUUUAUCAACUCCAUCAUCUUCAACAUCGUCAUCAACAUCAUCAUUUAAUAUUAAAAAAAGAGAGAGUAUUGAUAAUAAUGUGAAUGGAGUUGCUGGUAGUAGUGGAUAUCCAACAACACCUGUUACAUCUCCUAUAUCAUCUACAAAAGUAGUAUCUCCAACAACCAAAGAAGAAACAAGUUCACCUCAAUAUCCUCACUAUCAACAUCAUCAUCAUCAAAAAAUACAACAACAACAUCAACAACAACAACAACAAUCACCAUUACUACAACCACAAAAUGAUUAUUCACCAAAUAAUCUACCAUUGAAAUCUGUGAAAUUAUUGGAUAAAUCGUUAAAGAUAUCAAUCAAUGAUUUAUUAAAGUUGUUAACAAAAGAUGAUGGAUUUAUGGUGAUUGGAGUUUUGGGUGGACAGUCUACAGGAAAAUCAACUAUACUUUCAUCGUUGGCCAAUACUACACCAAUCAUUAGAACGACCACAACAACAAAUGGUAAACAACCAUCGUCGGUUGUACAACCAUUUGAUAUUCAAACAGAUGAUAAUUUCUGCCUUGGUAGUCACCAAACCAAUGGUAUCGAUGUAUAUAUAACACCAGAGAGAUUGAUCUAUAUAGAUACACAGCCGCUUCAGUCGAUAUCAAUAGUGACAGAGAUGAUUGAAAAGAGUGCAUACUGUCCGGCAGGUUACACAUCUUAUGAGCACUAUCACUAUCUUCAAUGUAUAAAGACCAUCAUAUUUCUCUAUAGCAUUUGUAAUGUUGUAUUGAUUGUUCAGGAAAACAAAUCAAUCGAUAUUUUAAUUUGUAAUUUAAUCAAAUCUGCUUUAAUGCUAAAGAAUAAGAGAAUGCCUGAUAUAACAAACUAUCAACAACAACAACAACCAUUGGAUUUAUCAGAUCUACCUGAAUAUAUGGCAAGAACUUUAUUUGUAUUUAAUAAAUUAACAGAAUUGGAUUAUGAAAUUAAAUCAUUGGAUACAACAUUGGCAACUUUAUUAAGAAAGAUUUCAUCAAAUCAUCCAAUUGAAACAAUUGAUAUUCCAGAUCAUUUUAUUUAUUCUCAACACCAACAUUUUAAUAAUAAUAAUAAUAAUAAUAAUAAUAAUGGAUUACUAUCACCAACUAAUUCAAAUUCUUCAUCACUAUCAUUAUCAAGUAAUUUUGAUCCUUCACCUAUUAAUUUUAAUCAACUCCAGCAACAACAAGAAGAAGAUGACGAACAACUUUUAAAACAACAACAAAAUGAUACUCCAAUAUUAUCAUCAUUCCCAAGUUUUAAUGAAUCUAUAGAUACUUUAAAAAAGAGAUUAUUAUCAUUAAAAUCAUCAACAAAAUUCCUAAAGUCGAUAGGUGAACGUGAUUGGGCAGAGAAUGCAUCUAAACUUUGGGAAUAUAUUCAAGAUGAUGAUAUUAUAGAAUCCUACAACAAAUUAUUAAUCACUAAAAAAUUUAGAAAUUAA